CUCACUUUUCUCUCGUAUUUUGAUUAACAACCAGAAGCAAAGUGCUGUCAUCCCUUAAUAGGAAAAUCUCUGAAGCUCUCUCUCUCCCAUUCUGUUAACCUGUGGUGAGCUUUCUGGAGGAAAUUCGGUUUGAUUGUUUGUGCUGUGUUAAAACGCUCUCCGCCCGGUUGCUACUAUACAGAAGGCAAAGUUUCUAAACUACACCUCAUUCGCUAUGAUUCGGUCCAGUAGGAAAAACGCGAGUAAAGAAAAGCUGUCGUGAUUUUUCAAGUCUGCUAAUUGAUUGAAAUUUAGGAUCCUAUUAAGAUUCAACCGCAAGCAUAAAGUAGGUGGUAGUGAAAAGUUUGUUUUUCAAAGAAAUUCGUUGCUGAAAUGCUCGAGUUUGCUUCCAGUAAUAUGUAUGAGAUUGACACAUAAAGAAAAAAGAACGGAAUCAAAACUUCUGUCGUGACAGCAGUUGUAAUACAAUUGGGUUACCAGGAAAUAUCUUUGUGCUGUUCAUUUCGCAUCGACAGUGUGAGAAAAAAGCUAUUUUGUCGGCAUUAGUAACCAACAGAAAAGAAGGUUAAACGAAAAAAUCGUAAAGUGCGUAAAAAACGCUAACAACCAAUCGAAUAAAGUCGAAAGUGGAUGGUGAAAAUUGCAGCAGAAGUAAAAAAGAUGAGUUAAAGUUUUCGGUGCUUUAGUUAUUCUUCCAAGCUGUGAAAUGUGAUAAAAUAAAUAGGUUUUCUAAUGCCCCGCAAGUGGGAAUGUGUGUUCUUCUAAUGCAGCAAAAUGCAGAAGGGUGAUAAAGCGAAAUUCAUUAUAUUCAUUUAAAUCAGAAAUGUAUUACGAAAAUUUUGUGAAAUGUUCAACAAAGUUCUGACUGCCAACAGCAAAUUGUGAAUCGAUUGCAAUAUAACUCACGAGACCACUUUGAAUAAACUGACGCCACAAUCGGAUUAUAUUGAAUAAAACGCAAUUACCAGUUUACGCAUUGCCUCAAUAGAACAGAUACGAACAACUACCUAGUUGGAGCCGUGAUCCAUACCGCGUCAACAUGCAUGCAGUCGGCAUUCAUUCGGCGCUGGCCAUCAAACGUCAGCGGAAGCGGCGGGACAAUCAGCGCAAGGCCCGCGAACGCCGGUACAGUAUCCAAAGCUCGGAAAGUGGGGAUACGCACUCGCCCCAUGGUUCGACUCGGCGAAAGUUCCACCCGCACAAAGUGCAUGUCACAGAUAACAAUAACCUAGAUACCAAAGUAGUUACAAGCAUUGGUAUGCUUCAUAUAGGAGUCGUAUUUGUAGUGUUCGGAAUCUUUUUAUUAGGUGCUGGAUUUUUUCCGGAUAAUUUAUCGAAUCAACCUUCACAAUCGUGGCAUCUGCUGGGUAAAGGCUCGUGGUGGAAUGAACUGGUAUGCACGGGGCUGUUCGCCGUCGGCCUCGGCAUCUUUCUUAUCAUAUUGAACUGUGUGAUAAGUAAUCGGGAGGAACAGGACCUCGAGGACUACGUCCAGCGGCAACUCACACGAUCGAGAUCAGGUCAUCGACUGGAACGCGAUGUCGAGACUGGUGGCCUUACAACACGCCACCAUCGUAAAGCCAUGCAAAUACAAAAAGGUGCCGCUGAGAGAGGCUUGGAUGACCUAUCUAACUCGAACAUUCUUCUGACACCAACCAGCAGCGAAGUUGUCACUCCUACAACCCCCUCGGGAGUACUGGGAGCAUCGGGUGAAAUUUUAUUGGAAAAGAUCCUGGAAGAAGACAGCAGUUACGGCGAUCCGGAUUACUACUCACGCAACAACGGUCAAUCGCCCCCCGGGGUGGACAACGAUAAACGGUUGUUGCUUGGCAAUGGACAUACUGGCGCGAUCCAUAUGACCGACAUUUAAAUGAUGCUGUUGCCGCUAUUACGCCUAUCAUAUUGGAAGCAGAGAUCAUUAGAAAAUAAUGUCACCAGAAUGCAUCAAUCUUUACUCAAAUAUUCAGCCUUCAAAAUCGCGUCGUGAUUAUUAAGUGUAUGGUAGAUUGAUGGUAAUCGAACAAGUUCUUUUGUUUUUUGUUUGUCCGUAUAGUAUCUGAGCAGACAUGUAAAUAAUACUCAAAUUAGGUUAAGUAAAACAAAAAAUUUAAAAAAAAUGCUUAAUUUAAUUCUCGAAAUUAUUUCAUGCUGGAAACUGUUAGUGUAUGUAUUAGUUUUUUAAAUAGGAUAAUAUCGUCCAUGAUACCAACAAACUGGUUUUUAAGAUGUGAGUUACUGAUUACUAUGAGACAUUUACUAUAUUUGAAUGCGAGCUCAGUUUUUUCAAAUAUUAUUUAUAUUACAAAAAAUAUAUACAACUUUUGUUACUUUGUUUUGUUCUCUCUGAGAUAAGCUUGCCAUUCACUAUAUGAGAUCGAAUUAGCAUAGGUAACUGAAGAUCAUAGAUAGUAGAUCACGAGACACUAUUUAUCGUAACGUACCACACGUUGAUCAUCGAUAGAGAAAACUUAUUCACAACCAUCAGUUGAUUCCGCUACAAGAUUACAUCCAUCCACAUAAAACCGUAUAUAAAUAAACAACCUAUCAUAAUUUAGUGCAUGUCUCGAGUAACCUAGGCGUAAAAUGCUUCCCAAAUUAAGGCACGCGAAAUAAGCACAGCAUUUUUAUUAUCAUAAAUCUACAAUACCAAAGAGAGAAUAUAAUCAGAUUUGUAUUCGUUUUUGAACUCCUUCGUUAAUGUUUACGCUUGCCAACUGAUCGAAAACUCCAUUUAUAGCUGUGUACAAUAAGAUAAAUACGCAUUGAUCGCAGAGAAAACUUUUUAUAUAAAAAUAUAAGACGAAAUAUAAAGCCAGAAUGUAAUAGAUAAAUGUUUUUAAUUUAAACUUUUUGAUGUUUACGAUGAGAUGUCAUAUAUAAGUCAAACAAAAUGUAUGAAAAUAUGUUGAAAAAAUUCUUCUUAGCUACAUUCUAGAACCAUUGAACCGGACACAGACAUGAUUAGAGCAAAUUAACAAUAUUCGUGUAUACAACUGAAAGAGACAGGCAAAGUAAAAGCAUUCUAGAAUAAAUUGUACUUAUUUUAGAUGUAAUUAGCCGCAUUCGAGACUCAACGGUAUGAAAUGUCAUUUCCCACCAAAAAAAAACGAAUCAUUUUUUCUACUCAUUUUGGUACGAUUCUGUAAACAACUUUUAUCUUUUAGGCUGCCUUGAAAGGUUUAACAAAAUAAGUGACAAUAUUGUUAAAAAAACGAAACAGUGAAAGAAACCUUUAUUAACUUGAAUUUGAGUUACAGUUAAACCUUGAAACGAUCAAUUUUAGCCGAAGAGCGUUCGAAUCAUAAAUUUCAAGACAACAAGCACUUUCUAAGCCACUUUUUUGUUCCGGGACAAAUGUUUUUAAACAAUCGUUUUCAACUAUUGUUUCUAUUGUUGAUUCAACGUCGUAUCCAUAAGUUUCAAAUAGAUUCAAUAAUUUGUUCCAAUUUCAAAAUUAAUCGACAAGAUUUUAAAUAAUUUUCUCUAGAUAACUGAGAUAAUUUUUUAAUUAGAUAUGAUUUUUAUUAGAUUAAAUCUAUGACUAAUAAUUGACCAAUUAAGACCAAGCAGUUUUGUUUAGAUAUUUUUGAGGGAUUUGCAAGAAGUUGAAUUUAUAGUGCGCACGAAUCAAAACAAAUUUCAGGGUGUUAAAGAGUUUCUAGAGAGGGUUUUCUUUUUUUAAAUUGAUAAAUGUAGACGUUUCGUGACCUGUAGAAGUGAACAAUCGACGACGUUGAAAUGAGAAAGGACAAAGACAAUUAAUUAGCCAACCAGUUUAUUCUAACGCUGACUGGCAUUCGUAAGCAGUACUGGUGAAACUACAUCUAGACUUACUCAAUCUGAGGACGAGACGAGUUUUGAUGUUUAUUUCUAUGGGAAUGCCGUAAAAGUAAAAACUAUCAAACCGCAACUACACCCACGGAAAGAGUAAAAAAUCGAUAAUGAGUACGCUGGUUGCACCAACAACAACUAAACUAAUACUUUUAAUUAAAAUUCUAAUGGAGCAAGCCACUCAAAUCCCGAAAAUGCAACUUUUCCAUCCCUUUUAUUUAUUUAUUAAGGGAACAUAAACCACUAAAUUUUUUGAAAAAGUCAUAAAUUUUUUAUUUCAGACUUUGAUUCUGCAGUCUUUACCGCUUAUUUUGAUACUAAUUUUGUAAUGAUCCGAGUACGGGAAGUGGCCGAAAAAGGAUCGAAGACAUAAGCAUUCCAGUGCGGCGUGGAACAACCUCAACGGAAUAAAACGCCGCUCUUGUAAAACCACGAUUUUCAAACUUUAUGUACCUUUUUCUCAGAAACUACACAACGUAUCGGAACAAACUUUUUUUUUGUUUUGUUGGUAGAAGCUUGGCAAACACUUUUAUAACUUUAAAGCUUUGUAAACUAAACACAGCUUGAGAAAAAAGAAAAAGAAGAAAAAAAGAUGGCUGAAAAAAUGAAAAUUUGUCUUCUUUUUCCUCGACGCAAAACCAGUUUGUUGUACUGAUGCAAUUAUUUUGAUAGAUAAUUGAAGUUUUGUAACACUAUAAUUUAUAUCAACUCAUUGUCACGAAACGAAACCCUGAGCAGGUUAACGAUCCAGAAUUUGGGGGUAAAUUCUGCUGGACCGGUAGAACAAAGGGAUGAGAUCAGGUAACUCCACUGCCGACAGUUACCCACCAUGGCCUUCACUUGUAGCCAGGAUAGGCUCUCGUCAACAACUCGGAUGUCUUUGGCUAAGCUGUGUCGCCAUGAGCCUCUGGGUCUGUCUCUUCUGCGUUGUCUCUGUGGAAUUCAGUCGCAUACCUCUUGCAGAUCUCGUUCGCUCCUUUUCUCAAGGUGUAUCCGAUCCACUUCCAACUGCGUUUUCGAAUUUCUGUUGCUACCGGCUUUUGAUAGCAUCGAUGAUGGAGUUCCUCGUUUGAUAUCCAGAAGUCAGGCCACCGAAUGAUAUAUCGCAGACAGCGAUUAAUGAAUAUCUGCAGUUUUUGCAUUGUCUCCGUACCAGAUCUGCAGUCGUACAGCCAUACGGAUUUGAUGUUUAAGUUAAAAAUUCUGUUCAGAUGUUAUGCAGAUCCGCAAAGACACUCUUGGCCUUCUUGAUCCAUGUGACUAUAUCAAUCUUGGUACUACCAUCUGCUCAACUUGUUGUCCCGCUACUAUUACGUUGGCUUGUCGGUGUUCACUACCAUAGACUUAGUCUUUGCUACAUUGUCUAUGAUACAAGAUGCCUGGGAGCUUUACGAGAGGUCAUCUAACUCGCCCUGCAUAUCGAUUCAAUAUUGUGCGAGCAAGACAAUGUCGUCGACUAGGUCUAGUUCAUUUAGUUGCUGCUCGUCACAAGAUUCCAAAUCAAUCCUCGAUUUGGUUUACUGUUAGUCGUUGCAACUAAUGUCUCAUCCACAACUCUGAGAAACAGCAGCGGAGAUGAUAUGCAGCCCUCACACCAGCAGUAACCCUUAUUGUGGCGGACAAUGCAACACCUUGCACGAGAACGCCUCGUACUGAGCUUUGAUGAGAUGAACUAUGGUGCGUCUAAACUAUAGCUUAACUGGACCUACUCUAAGCCUAAGUCCACCCAGAUCUUUUCGUAGUUGAGUCGGUCAAAUGUUUUUUCAAAGUCAACGAGCACCAGCAGAAAGAGAGUCCAGGAGUUCGUUGAUCUACUAACCACGUCGUCGUAAUUUGGACUAUUAGUGAUUCAAUCCUCAUUUGAUCAUUCAUCACCAAAUCAAAAAAUCUGUUAUAUAAAGACUAGUUGCCGAGCAUAUGAAUAUUUUCAUAUAUCCAAGCGUAAUCGUAUAUCUAGUUUAAUAGAUUACCAAUAUAAAAUACCCUCCGUUAAAUAUUCAACGAAUUUAAAUUGUUACCGCCAAUUUUUCUCUUUUUAUAUUCAAACCAAUGUUAAGAAUUAUCCAAUAAACUUUCUGUAACAUUUGACAUUGUUAAUAUUAACUUUUGUAGUAUAUAUUAGUCCAACUCACAUAGUAGUUUAAAGCCAAAUACAUCGAUUCAAAUGGAAUUACAUGUUUAACUCUUCAGCAACUGGUUUUUAUACAACAGGCCCAGUAUUAUGUUAACCCACUCGAAUGCGUCUAAUUACGGUUCAAAUAUAGGUAGUUGAAUUUAAAUACGUUCAAACAGUCACUGUACAAUACUCACAAUAAUAUGCAAGCGCACGGCAUUCAUAUCAUAUAGAUUAGCAUAAUAUGCUAAACCGGACAAACGAAUAAGUAUCAGCCGUAGACUUACACUUAUAUUCAUAUUUCCGCCACGUUAAGACCCAUGCAAUUCACGUAAUACACAUAUUCGAACAGUAUAGUCAUAUUCAAGAAAAAAAAAACAUUUACCACGAACGUUAUUUGCAGUAGAUAAGUCAAACCGAGACAACAAUAAGUGACAAAUACCACACAGAAUAUAUAUAUUUCCUGGAAAGGAGAAAGCUAUUAUCACAGCUGCUCCGACACUUUUACAAAUUCUAUACCAGUAGCGUUUUGAAAUAACAACCUGUUUACUUUUUACUUUAUAAUUUUAGCUAAGCAAAUUAUAUAACAAUUCAUACACAGACACUUUCUCUUUCCCACAAAUACGACCCUUAAAAAACGUAAAAAAAAUUCAAAUAAGUGGAAUAGAACACCACGCAAAACCAACCCGUUAGAGAGCAAACCAAUAGAGAACUACAGUGAAACACAAACUCUUACCUUUGAAACAAUACUAAGUAGUUGAACAAAAUAAAAAUUUCACAUUUUUUAUCGACUGAAUUCUGCAUUAACUUUUGUGACUGCAUAAAAUUGUGAUUGAAUAAAACGGAAAAUGAUGCAAAAUCAGCAAAAAAAAAAUAUUUAAGCAAAAAAAAAUUACAUAAGCUUUCAAACAUUAGGAAGCGUAAGAAAAAAAUUUCAAAUCAAUUUAUAUCUACAACUCAGAGACAUAAAACACAAUUUAUUUAAAGAGAAAAAAACACACAAUGUAGCAAUUUAUAAGUUUCUUUACAUUUUCUUGAUAGCUAACACUUAUAAAUAAUCGAUGCGACGGAAUUAUUGAUCGGAAUGCUUAUUUGGAAAUCGGAAAGUAUUACAGACUCUCAAAGAAAGGAACGUUGCAGCCGCUCCGAAAGCUAGAAUGUAUGGAUCUGUCGUUGUGGAAAUAAGCAUUUUUCAAAUUGCCUGUAAGAGAAAAGCUAGAACAAACAAACAAAAAACUCUUAUAAUAUACUGCUAUGCUUUUUCACUACCGAAAAAUCAACGUUGAUAACGUUUUUAGUUUUGUAUGUUACGAUUAGAUGAAACAACCAAGAAAACGUGAACAAACAACAAAUAUACAUUAAAAGAAAUAUUGGUGAAU